AUGGCCAGCUCCAAAGAUUUGCCGGCCGGCAAGGUGACGCCCGACUUCACCCUCUCCGAUUACUCCAAAUUCUUCGGCGCUGGCGCGUUAGCAGCGACCUGCACACAUGCCUCAGCCACUCCAAUUGAUGUGGUCAAGACUCGGAUACAGGUCGAUGAUUCGCUCAAAGGCCAGAACAUGCUCCGCGCCGCCCGCACCAUCAUCGCAGGCGAGGGCGCCGGUGCGCUACUGACUGGCUUCGGCCCCACAGCCGUCGGGUACCUCGUGCAGGGCGGAGGUAAAUUCAUGGGCUACGAGUUCUUCAAGAAGAAGUUCAUCGACCUCGCCGGCAGCGAGGAGACGGCCAUCAAAUAUCGCAUGCCCAUCUACCUGAGCGCCAGUGCAGCGGGAGAAUUCUUCGCCGACGUGGCGCUAUGUCCGCUGGAAGCGACGCGCAUUCGCCUCGUCUCGCAGCGGGGCUACGCGAGCGGCUUGUUGCCCGGCUUCAUGCGGUUGGCGAGGGAAGAGGGCUUCCGCGGCUUCUACUCGGGCUUUGUCCCGUUGAUCUUCAAACAGAUCCCGUAUGCCGUCGGCCAGUUUUCCGUGCACGAGUUUGCGAACGAGGCUAUUUUCCGCAGCAUGGGCGCGGAGCGCAAAGCGCAGCUCUCACAUUUGGAGUUGACGGGCGUGGAGCUCACAUCGGGCAUGGCGGCGGGUGUGGCGGCCGCGGUGCUCUCGCAUCCCGCUGAUACCCUCCUCAGCGCCAUCAACAAGGGAGCGGGCGACAAGAGUCAAUCGACGAGUGCGCGGAUGUUUUCGCUGGCUAGAGAGUAUGGGCCGAGGAGACUGAUGUUUGCCGGUCUGGCGCCGAGGAUUGUGAUGACGGUUGGGCUUGUUGCUGGGCAGUUUGUCAUUUACGCUCAGUGCAAGACGCUUGUUGGUGCGCCGCCGGGUAUUGAGAUUCAUAAGGAGGAGGCGUAG